AUGGCUCCUGAUCAAAGGAAGAAAGAAAAGGAGCAAUUUUUUGAAGACUUGUCUCGCCUUGAUCAGUUUAGUGACGAUGGAGACGAAAAUGUGGACUUUUUGUUCCAGCAAUCACGCCCUAGUUCACCGCCUUCCGUACGAGCGAUAGAAGGCUUCUUGGUAACUGAAAAUGAUGUCUUUGUCUCUCAUGCGGACAGUCACACAUCACAUGCGCAUCGAAAGCGAAAGGCUUGUGAGAACAAGCCAGUGUCGAUGCCGAGCCUCCAAACUGCGGAUCCUGUACCUCAACCCAUCGGACCAUCUUCCUCCCCUCUUCGAGACAGUAAAAAGCCCAAGCCUGGAAGCCUAAAGCGCUUCAAGUCGCAUCUUGACAACCCAGAUCCUUUGUGGCGGAAAGGUGAUCCAGUGUUGAAGUAUGUUGCAGAAGAUUUCAUACCCAACGAGGAGAGCAAACUAAAAGAUCCCAUUUACCGAUUAAGAAUCCGGAAAUCAAUCCAGCAUGGUGCAAUGUGGGCCAGAAUCUGGAGCGGAGACGUGACGCAUAUCAUUGUAUGCGAUGAUCUCAAUUGGUCGCAAGUAUCAAAAUGCUUCCAUGGAGGCGAAGUCCCAAAAAGUCCAAUUCUCGUCCUUGUAGAUUGGGUUGUAGAAAGUGUCAGAUCGAAGUAUUCUCCAAAUAUUUGCUCUUCCAGAUAUCAAGUGCAAGGCUCAAUUCGUCACGAAUCGAGAGCAGUGCAGGAUAAACUGGUACCCGAUCGUACCAGGUAUGGGACAGCCGUGGGUAACCACACCAAUCGCACACUUCUACCAGGUAAAAGCCAGUCGCCGGCUCGAGAGAUCCGCAAAAUAUCGCCCACCGAGGUACCUUCCAUCGAUGAAGUCUCUGAGAUUCAGCAUGCAUACAAUGAAGAUAGUCUUCAGGAUGCUAUAAAGGAUGUGCAGCAGCUUGGUAUCAUUCCUGUUGAUUCAACUUUUGGUGACGCCCCCAAGUGCUUUGCAGAUGGUAUGGAUGAGGAUGCCGAGUUGAGAUAUCUGAAACAAAGUGACAAGAUUAGGAAGGAGAAUGAGGGUUUCCUCUGCAUGGAGAAACAUGAGGGUAACAAAGAUAACCCGAAUUCCAGAACUAUAAAAGUGCUUCAGCAGAUGGCCACUUACUAUGACAGAAUUGGCGACCACUGGCGCACCACUGGAUACCGGAAGGGGAUCGGUGCUCUGCGAAAACAAAGUCAAUUAAUCCGAACCAAGCAGGAGGCUCUCGCAAUCCCUCAGAUCGGAGAGAGACUGGCAGAGAAGAUCGAAGAGAUAGUGACAACAGAGCGUCUGCGGCAACUCGAAUACACCAAACUGGAUUUGAAGGAUCAGGUACUUCAGCUUUUCAUGGGCAUUUAUCAUGUCGGCUAUCCCACUGCGUCCAGAUGGAUCGCACAGGGUCACCGUACACUGGAUGAGCUUAUUCAGAACGUCCAGUUGAAUGCAAACCAACGGAUUGGUAUUGAACAUUAUGAAGAUUUCCAAAAACGAAUUCCACGAGCUGAGGUAGCCGAACACGCAUCCAUUGUUGAGAAGGUCCUCGCAGCCACCGAUGAUGGCCUGCAGAUGAUAAUUGGUGGUUCGUACAGAAGAGGCGCCCGAGACUCAGGGGACAUAGACCUCAUCAUCACGAAAGAAGGUGCUAGCCUAGAGCAUAUCCGAACACUGAUGAUGGAAGUAGUUGUUCCAACCCUCACAGCUCAAGGUUUCCUUAAAGCAAAGCUCGCUGCUGGAGGCCCUCAUGAGAUGUCAUCUAAGUGGCAUGGUGCGUGCGCUCUACCUGAAUCCGAAACGUGGAGACGCAUCGACCUGUUGUUCGUGCCAUGGGCGGAACUGGGAGCAGCAUUGAUAUAUUUCACCGGUAAUGAUAUUUUCAACCGCAGUUUAAGGCUGCUGGCAAGUCGAAAACAGAUGAGGCUGAACCAGCAUGGCCUUUAUGCAGAUGUCAUGCGUGGACGUGGCCGAGAGCGAAUCACAGAAGGCACGCUACUGGAAGGACAGGAUGAGCUGCGCAUAUUUGAGCUACUUGGUGUGCCUUAUCGACCACCUGAGCAUCGACAGUGUUAG